AUGUUCAAUGGGAACAAUUGCCACAGCGUGGACACGUUUAAGGGGGAGAGGUUCUCCGUCGUGUACUUCACAUUGGGCUGCCACGCCAAGAUGUCGACAGAGGCCCGUGAGCAGCUCGAGAGCAUGAAUUUCAAGGCCCCGAGCGCAGACGCAGAUCCCACGCUGUACUUGAAGCCGCCCGCUUCAUUCGAGAGCAAGGCACAGUACAGGGCCGUGGCCACACCACUGCGCUCGACCGCACAGACGAAAAGCCAACCCUCGUUCCGGUACUGGACAAAGGGCGCCCUCAACGCCGAGUUGGGGGUGCUCGUGAGCAACCGCGUCGAUGAUGUGGCUGGCGAGGCUGCGAGCUUCAAUUCGGCGCCACCACGGGGUGUUCGGGUCGCUGCUCUGUCUGCCCGGGGGCAGUCGCCAGAGCUGGGCGUGGCUGUGGGUGCAUGCGGCGCCUCUCCGGCGGGACGGCCGGCGGAGCGGACGCCGCGUGCGAGCGCGCUCUUCCUCUCGGCGUGCGGGGGGCGGCCUGCAGUGACCGCCGCGGCCGAGCGCCACUCGGCCGCGGACCGCGUUGGCUGGCGCGGCUUCCAGGACUGCCCCGCGAAGGGGGCCUGGAUGAACUUCCGCGAGAUCACGAUGCUCGCCUAUGUCAAUCCGCCUGGCCGGCAAAAAAGAGGGUGGACGUCUCCGUUGCUAUGUGGACACCCGCCGCGGCGAUCUGGUCGGGUCCACAGCGAGCUCGCUGAAGGACGUGGCUCCCGUGGGCGGCCGGGCCGUGGUCUUCCGGUCCAGGGAACUCCUGCACGAGGUCCUGCCGGCGUAUGGGCGCCGGUACUGCCUGACGCUGUGGUUCUGCACCGCGGACGGCUGAGCCCAAGCUCGGAGGAGGAGGAGG